AUGCUAUAAUAGUUCGAAGGUGAAGACAAAAAUCCUUACUUUGAAGCAGUUUACAUGGCUUAAUAUCAUUACUAUAAUGCGAUGAUUAGUAUGGAAGGAAAGGCUAAAGAGAGUGCUUAUCUUUAACAUGUAAUAAUUAUAUUGAAGAAAUGCUUAGCAGUGCAAUUAAUCUCUUAUGGAAAGUAUCACUCUUCAGUCUUUCAAACACUAUAAGCCCUUGGAGAGUCCUAAUUCAAGCUUAAAUAGAAAGAGGAGGGACUUGAAACUCUUUAUUUAUGCAGGGAAAUUAUGUUGCGUUUAAACAAAAAGGAUGAAUUAUACGAAUUAAUUCUUGAGAUAAAGAUUGCAGCUCUAAAUCCAAAUCUCAAAUUAGAUGAUGCAAUAAAAAAUCUAGAAGAAGUGAAAUUGAAAAUUGAUCAGCUUAAAGUUCCUUAUUCAGAAAAGAUUGGUCUGAAAAUCUAGGUUAAUAACACAAUCAAAGACCUUGCCUAUACAAGUAACAGGAAAGAGAUUUCUCUUAAGUACCUUGAAUAUUAGCUUCAACUUAGCGGUACUGGAGAUAUAAGAUAUGUCUAAAUGAAAAGUAAUGUCUUAUUAGACUUAUCAUCAAUUAGUUUUGAUUUAGGUAAGUACGAAGAUGCUUUAAGAUAUGCUAAAGAUCUUUAAUAACUAAUGAAAAAAUCUAUAACGCUUAAUCAAGUUGAUUGUGAAGAAUUCUACAACACAGCAGAAAUUAUCAUUAUUGAGACUGAGAAUAUUUUGAAAUUGAGACAAAUGAGUUAUCUUCAAUAAUUUAGGUAUAAUAAGCCUGUUCUAUUCUACACUGUUGUUGGAGCAUCAAUUGGAAUAUUAUCAUUUGCAGCCAUCAAAUUAAUCAAAAACUUGAAAAAUAAUUGA